AGAUUGAGGUUGAUUCACAUUUGCGUGACCAUUGAUUUGCUUCAAUUUGUUCCCAUCAAUUGAUGUCCAGUUGAUCAAAGUUUUUUUUUGUUUUAUUUGCAAGAGUUAAGUUGAUCCUUAAUCAUUGAUUGGAAAUCGGAUUAAUCAUAUCAAAUUGAGUGCAAUUAAAAGUACCAAGCGAUGAGAGGAUCAAAGACCAAGUUAUUUACCCAAACCGAAAGCCGACCCGAGACUCCGGGUGAAACUCAUCAUCUCGAAAUCUUAAAACCAAUGAUUAAAGUGUCCGAGUAUCUUGGCUCAUGGCCCAGAGAUGGUCAGCAAUUUAUUUUACGAUUAACUCCUUGGAAUGGAUUAACUUUGUUUGUCCUUCACUUUUACACUGCUCAUAAAUUUUUCAAUUGGAUGACGGUGGUUAAGACAACUGAAAAUAUCUUCGAGGUUUUCGAGCAAUUAACUUUGAUCAUUCGAACUGGAAUCGUCGCAAUUUGUUUCGAUUAUCGUUUCAUGAUGCAUCAUUCAUUGAUGAAUCUAUUCAAGAUUCUGGGAAGGAUUAAAACUCUCAAUGAAGAUAAGAGUCUAUUACAAUUGCGAACAACAAUUAAGAUAAUUGCUGGUAUUUGUUUCUGUUUUGUGUUCUUACAUGUUUUGUUUGCAUCCAUCUUUAUGUUUCACUCGAGUACCGAUAAGUAUGUUAAUUGGCUUUUCUAUGGAGAUGCAGCAAAUUCAACUCCUGAUUUUGUUAUAAGAAUCAUCAUGAUCGCUGAUUGGGCCUUGUAUCUUUAUCUGGUCAUAUGUAAUGAGUGUUUCUUUUUCGGGAUGUACAUCGCUAUUUGUUUAACAAUGUUAUGUAAGAUUAACGAUUAUAAUUGUUUCGUUAAACGAAUCCAAAGGGAAAGAAUAAUCAAAUCAGGUGAUCAGGUUCAGGAACUUUACAUCAUGCACACUCGUUUAUCGCAGAUGAUCACGGAGGCUGAAAGAAAUUAUUCUUUUCCAUCCUUCAUUUGGGUUCUUUGUAUCAUCUUCAAUUUAGCGGUCAAAAUCGAGUCCGUUAUUCAUGGCGUUAAAAAGGCCGAAUUUCGGGAAUUUGGUUACGUUUUCACAGAUGUUAUCUAUUAUACGCUUGGUUUCAUGGCGAUAUGUUUGGUUGCCAGUGAAGUUGGUGAGGCCAAUUCAGCGCCGAUUAUUUCCUGUAUUAAAAUCGCUGAACAGGGUGACAUUGAUGAUUGGACUUUCCAACAGGAAUCUCAACUUUUAAUUACUAAAGUUAAUACACCAAUGUUGAAGCUUUCCGGUUGGGCUUGUUUUGAACUUAAUAUGCAAUUCAUGUUGACAAUUUUAGGAGCUUUGGCAACUUACGCAAUUAUUGUUAUGCAAAUGGCUUGAGAAUAUGUUAA